AUGCGUUACGAGUCCUUGGCAUUGAUAUUAAUCGUAAGCAUCCUCCUGAUGGCCAAUGUCAAUCCUGUGUGUGCUCGCAGAUUCCACUAUCACCACAAGAGACAAAGGUCGGGCCUCGAUCCAAACAGUAAGCCUUUAUUUUGUAGAAUUGACCUAAACUCCACGAAAAUGGCCUCGAAGGCUGCGGAUGAGGCUAAAGCUGCCAAGGAAGCGCAGCCCUGCGCCAGCGAAGAAGCCAAACAACGUGUCAUGAAACAAAUGGCGAAUAAAGCCGAGCAAGCGGCUAGAGCUGCCGAGGUGGCUUUAAGGGGAAGAAAGCUUAUACUUGAGCAAUUAGAAGUCAGUCAAAAUGAAACGGUUGAUACAAUUGAGGGCGUUCAAAUUGAUUUAAAAAACAGUCGAGAGAGUAUGGAAACAAUUGCUCUUAUGAACACCCAAAUCAAAGAGACAAUAGAGGAAAUGCAGUGUUUACAAGAUGAGGCCGAAGCGAAUCUCGCCAAUUUUAAAGAAGUUUCUGAUAUUAUUCAAAAAGAUGUGCAGGAAAAGCAAGAAGUACUAUCACAUGCAGAAGAGCGGUCAUGUUAUCUGAAGGAUUGCUUUAUAAAAGCCAAAGAGGAUCUAGAACGCACAGAGGUCAUUGCCAAGCAGGCAGAAGAAGCGGCGAUUGAGGCACAAGAAAGAAUCAAAGCUGUGCAUGAUGCGAUUGAGAAAAUAAAAAGACUUAGGAGAAAAGAUAGCAAAUCGUUGAACAAUAUUUUCAUAAGGCUUAUUAAAAAAUAGUUCUCUUUAAUAUCC